AACACGCGCUUCUUGUCCAUUUCACACACCAUGUCUGAACGCGGCGCAUUUCGGGGACGAGGGGGCGGACGCGGUGACCACCGUGGAGGCAGAGGCGGUGCAAGAGGAGGCGCACAGGGCGGAAACGCAGCGGGGCAGCAGCAGACCGAGCGGCCCAAGAAGGAGAACAUCUUGGACCUGAGCAAGUACAUGGACAAGCAGAUCACCGUCAAGUUCAGCGGCGGGCGCGAGGUCAUUGGUACACUCAAGGGCUACGACCAACUGAUGAACCUUGUGCUGGAUGAGGUCAAGGAGGCUAUGACAGACGACGAAGGCAACGUACGGUACCGCAAGCUCGGCCUCAUUGUUGCCCGCGGCACACUCCUGGUCGUCAUCUCGCCCGUCGAUGGCAGCGAAGAGAUCGCCAAUCCGUUCAUUCAAGAAGAAGAAUGAGCUCGAUCGAAACCCAUACGCUGAAAACACAGUAGGCGUGUAGCACUCGGCCAAGGAAGUGGUACUCUGCCAGCAGCAAGCCGUCAAAAAUAGCAGGACGAGGAAGGAGAUAGCAGAACAGGCUCUGCAUGAUACCCACGACUAUCAUACCAGACAUUGGCCGGCUUUGCGUGGUCAAAUGGCCGAACGAGCCGGACAGUAUUCGGCAUCAGAAACCA